CCAAUUCGGAGUAACAUGCUCAUUCGAUCUUCGAAUUUGCUCGAGUACAGUCACGUAGUUUCUGAGACAGUACGAGAAAACGUUCCUGUGAGAAAAGCGACCAUGCCACCAAAAGCUAGCGGCAAAGCAGUGAAGAAGGCCGGGAAAGCUCAAAAGAACAUCAGUAAAACUGACAAGAAGAAGAAGCGAAAGAGGAAGGAGAGCUAUGCGAUCUACAUCUAUAAAGUAUUGAAGCAAGUUCAUCCUGACACUGGAAUUUCCAGCAAGGCUAUGAGCAUCAUGAAUAGCUUUGUCAACGAUGUAUUCGAACGCAUCGCUGCCGAGGCGUCACGAUUAGCUCACUACAACAAGCGCUCUACGAUUACAUCUCGGGAAAUCCAGACUGCUGUAAGACUUCUUCUACCCGGCGAGCUGGCUAAACACGCUGUCAGUGAAGGAACGAAGGCUGUUACCAAAUACACAAGCUCGAAGUGAAUUGCUAAUACAAAACGGCCCUUUUCAGGGCCACUCAUUAUCUCGUAACAUUGGAUAUUCUCUUGUGUUUCAAAUGUUAAUGUUAAGUUUUUGCUCGAGAGUUAUAUAAUAGAUACCAGUUCCAAUUAUCAUUUUCAAUAUUCCAUUUUUCAGAAAUCGUCAAUUUUAUUUUACAUACAUGUGAAUUAUGAAAAAUUUGCAAAUAAAAUAUACAAGACAUUAACAGGUCAGAUUUAUUACAAAAAAAUUAAAUUAUAGAGAAUUUUGAAUAAAUUUUUAAGUAGAACAUUUUGAAUUAUAAUGUAUCUAAUAACUGAUUAUAAAUUGUUAGACAAUCAUUGCUAGAUACAUGUAUUACCUUUUACUACAGAAAAUAUAAAUUAGUUGGAAAAAA